AUGGUAUUUUUGAAAGUUGUGUCGUGGAAGAAAAUUCUAAGGUUUGGGUGGAAGGGUAAGCCCAAUCCGAGGUUCAUUGGCCCUUAUGAGGUUGCUGAGCGAAUUGGAUCGGUUGCUUAUCGUUUGUUGUUGCCGCCUGAGCGAGAGCGUAUUCAUGAUGUUUUCCAUGAUUCCAUGUUACAAAAGUACAAAUCUGAUCCUUCUCACAUUGUUCCUGUUGGGAAGAUCGAGGUUCGAUAUGAUCUUUUGUACGAGGAGGAAUCGGUUGCGAUCUUAGAUCAUGAGGUCAAGGUGCUACGCAAUAAGACGAUUUUGUUGGUAAAAGUUUUGUGGCACAACCAUAAGACUGAGGAAGCCACUUGGGAGUCAGAAAAAUGUGAUGAAACAUUAGUAUCAGUAUAUAUUUGA